CCAAGGGGACAUUUUAUUCACGCUUUAAUGAACGUUCUCUCCUCAAGAUUACUGGAUAGAAAAUCAUGUUGGUCUUCCAGAGCUUUGCAGUUUGGUGUCUUCUGGCAUCAGAUCUUCUAUUCUUUGUCACUGCAUUGGAAACCUGUCAGACAGCCUGGUUUGAUGAAGGGAAUGUUUCCAUGAAUGGGGACUCGGAGCUGUUGAGGGACUUGAGAAGGAAACACUGGACGAGGAUCUGCUCCAACCCGGUGGACAUGGAGGCUCAGACGGUUUCUGGAAUCAAUUCACAGCACACCAGGAACACCUUCCACACUUUCAGUGCAUCAGAGGGGCUUUUAUGUCUCAACUCGGAACAGAAAGGGGCACAGUGUGAGGACUACAGGGUCAAGUUCACCUGCACAGGACAGUUCUGCUCAGAGUGUAGGACGCGGUGGUUCGAUCAUGAUGACCCAACAGGAAACGGAGACUAUGAGGUCCUCGCUGACCUCCUAAACAUAUACCCGAGAGAAAUCUGCCCUCAGCCAAUAGCCAUCGAGGUCCAAACUGUCUCUGGAGAACCUGCACUCAACACGUCGGAUACACUUUUAAAUUAUGAUGCCACCUACGGGUUUGCCUGUGUGAAUGCAGCUCAGGGGAGCGGGAGCUGUGAAGACUACAGAGUCAGAUUUACAUGUCCGAAAGAGUUCUGUCAAGUGGCAGAGCAGUGUCGAACACAGUGGCUGAACAGUGAUAAUUCAUCAAUGGAGGGUGAUGUAGAGUCCAUCCUUCAGCUACAGAAAACCUUCCCUGGUCAAGUCUGUAAAAACCCAAUCAGCAUCGAGGCCAGGACAGUAAAUGGACUACCUUCCAAAUACACUGGAGACACCUUCCUGUCCUAUGAUGUCAAUUUCGGGUUUGCAUGCAUCAAUGAUAAACAGGAGAGUAAACAAUGUGAGGAUUAUGAAGUGAUACUGACGUGUCCCUCGGAUUUCUGUCAUGGUUGUAGGACACGCUGGUUCGACGUGGACAAUCCCACUGGGAAGGGGGACUAUGAAACCCUCAUCCAGGUGCAGAUGACAUAUCCCAAAGAAGUCUGCUCCCAGCCUGUGGCCAUUGAAGCCAUGACAGUGUCUGGUGUCCCUGCGCACAAGACUGGUGAAGUCUUUCAAGUAUAUGAUGCUUCUCGCGGCUUUUUCUGCAUGAACGCUGAGCAGCCUGGAGGAAUUCGCUGUCAGGACUACAAGAUCCGCUUUACAUGCCCAUUGGAUUUCUGCUCAGUGUGAGCCGUCACUGGUCAACGAGACGUGUAGUAACUGCUAAGACAACAUAUCAAACCAUCAACCCAUAGGGUGUUCUAGUAUGUUUUUUUAUAAGGUUAAUAAAUGUAUGUUGUCAUCAUAUAAUUUGCCCUGAUGGUUAUUUCAG